AUUCCAUUGACUAUUGCAAAAACCAAGAAAGAAAGAAAAACAACAUGGCUACUGAAUCGGAGAUCCCCUGUUCUGUACAAGAGGAAUACGAACUCCAGAAUGAGGAGCGUAGAAUAUCAUUCCCUCCUACUGAUGUAAUAUUGGAGGUAGAAGGAACAGAUAUACACCUCAACAAACAAAUGUUAAUGGACAAUUCUCCCGUGUUUAAGGUCAUGUUUGAGUCUGACUUCAGCGAAAAACACAAAGAUAGGAUAUCACUGCCAGGAAAGAAGUAUGCAGAUUUUGUAAAUUUUUUAUAUACUUUCUACAACCCGGAACUGUUGGCUCCAUUAACCAAGAAAAACGUACUAGCAGUUGUAUCUCUAGCAGAUGAAUACCAAAUCAUGAACCUCAAAGAUAAGUGCGAAUCAUUCAUCCUUGAAGAUUGCAAACGUGCUUGCGGAGAGGGAAAUUAUCGAAUUGAAACAGAAACUCUUUUGGAUUAUGCUGCUUGUUCUGAAGAACAUAAUUUGACUUUGGUUCUUCCCUUGAUUAAAGAACUUUGCUCAAAACACAGUUUUGAGUCACUAAAAGAGGCAAACAUAGAUACGAAGGUUACGGCUGAUAUGCGGAGAAAUAUUUUGGAAACUCGAUGUGCUUUGAUGGAACAAGAGAUAGUAUCUUCUUUAGAUAAAGGAGAAAAAAAUAUUUUAAAAUUAAUGGAACUAGCCUGGGAAGCUCAAUAUGACUCUAAGAUGGAAACAUGUGAAAAUCGCCUCGUAGCUAAUUGCAAAUUGUUUAUCAAGGAAGCUAGUAGCAAAAUAGUUGAAACAUUUUCAAAGGAGACAAUUAUUGAUUACAUAAUCGCUGCUGAAAGAUAUGAACUGAAAAAUCUUUUGUCAUGUGCGGUUGAACUAGCAUCAAAAUGCAAUUCCACUGGCUUUAAAAAUGGCUGUAAAUAUAACGAAAUUACAAGCCUAACAAAGUACGAAAUAGAUACUAAACGCCUUAACUUCCUUGAAAAAAAUUGUAGAAUAGAUAACAGCUACAAUUUAUUUCCACAAUGGGGAAUGUUUUUAUAUCACUGAUCCUAAUACAACCACAUCCCAAGAAAAAUUCCAGGCAUUUUGAUAUCAUUGACAAAUGCUUUUUAUUUUAAAGGAACUCUAUAUAUUAUCUAUAUAUACGUAUACUAGAAAGAUCUAUACAAACAUGAAAUGUGUACAAUACAGCGUGCGUGAGAAAAAUGAAAGAAACGAUGAAAAAUGACAGUGUCAUAAAUCAAGCAAUCAACUCUAUCAAUAAUAAACCCAGUAGAUUCUCAUAGCUUAACUACCGAUAAUUUAUUUUUAAUGUUUAAAAUUAAAUAAUUGUUCGGACUCAAAAACUUUUGAAAUUUGAAAACUGUAAAGCACUUGUUCUCAAAUACUUAAAUAUUGCCUAGAUGUAAAAUUACUGUUAGUGAACAAUUCGUAGAUCUUUCCUUUACUCGAUGUAUCACAAUUUGAUUUCCAUUUUUGUAUGAAUUGAUCAAUGGGUGUUUGCUUCAUUUUAAUUAACAACCAUUUUUCAUUUUCUACAUUGUGUGCCAUCCACACAUAAUUUAAACCACAUUCUUGAAAAA